GUUCCUUUCAAACGUUCAAAAGAUGUUGAUUUGGAAAACGACAAUAGCGCACGCUAGGCCUAACUAUUUUAAUUCAUUUCAUAUCAAAUUUUAAUUUUUUUAAGGAUUUCAUCAAUGUGAAAAUAUAGAUAUCUUUAAGUUAGUGAUUUAUGUGACAAACACCAUUGUUAUGUAUUAAAAAAAACAAACUUGGUUGCUCGUUUUACGACUAUCAAAAGUGAAAAAUCACAUUGGGGACGCAUUUUGUAAACCACGAAGGUGAUAUUAAUUCAUUUAAUUGAACAAUAUGGCUACAGCGCCGUCAAAACCUACCGAUGAAGAUAUGAUAACAUCAGCAGAGACGUUUAAGAUGGAGGGAAAUGAAUUAUUCAGAAGUAAAAAUGUGAAAAAAGCUAUUGGAAAGUACCACAGAGCUAUUCUUCAAUUGAAAGGUGUAGGUUCGGAUGAAAAGUUGAGUGCAGUGAUGGGAAUGGAUGGACCACCUACCAAAAAGCUUUCAUUAGAACUUGAACAUAAAUUCAACAAAUUAAAAACGGAUUGUUAUAAUAAUUUAGCAGCUUGUUUACUCCAAGAGAAGGAACCAAACAACAGUAAAAUAGUGGAAUACUGUAAUGAAGUUCUACAAUGUAGUCCUGGGAAUAUUAAAGCGUACCACAGAAAGGGAGUGGCCCUAUACCACCUAGCAAAUUACGAGGAAUCCAUGUCAUCACUCCAAAACGCAGAUCAAACCGAUCCCUCUACGAGGAAGUAUAUGCAAAUGUGCAAGGAUGGAAUCAAAAAACAAGAAAGUGAACUGCAAGCUACUUAUAAAGCUAUGUUUCAAGGAACAUCUAAAACAGCUGUCUCAAGUGGUGGCAAUGUUAAUGGUAAACAACUGUCUAAAACUGAUGUGACUAGCUCCACAAAUACAGAAUUAAACCAUCUGUCAUCAGGAAACUCACCAGUGAAUGAUCAUGCUCAAAUCAAAGAAACUACUUGAAGAAGACGUAAAUAUGUAAUAAAAAAAUCUCUGGCAUUCCAUGAUUUUCUGAGUCACUAAUAAGUGCGAUUCGUCCAUUUUGUUCAUUUGAAUAUUAAACAGUAAACAAAU